UCUCUCUCUCUCUACCUUCUGCUAGCGUUUCAUCUCCACAAGCUUCCAAACAAAGAGAAUUAAUGGAAAGUGAGAUUUGCAAGGUUUAUUCUCCUUGUUGUCCUCGGAUAAGUUCACGAUGAAACAGCAAAUAAAAACCCUUAUCUGGUUAAUGGGUGUUUCUCUCUCUAUUGAUUCUAUAAUUUUAGUACAUGCUUAUGGCAACAAAUAUAGAUCCCUCUUUCCAAUAUAACUCCCUCUCUGCAGCCCUUUCAAUCCAUGGCUCGCUUUGAGAUCAACUACCUCAAUCAUCUCCAUCUACAUCGGUAUAGGCGGUUUGGGCUUCUGGGUUCUCGGAUAUGACCAUGGUUCCUGCGCAAACCCUCUCUAAACGGAAACAACAACAAAAUCUUCUUUUUUACGGCGGUUAUGCUGGUUGUGGCGGCGGCGGUUGUUUUUCGGACAGUUUUGGUCUUAUGAGCCGAUUAGAAGGUUAUGACUAUUGUAUUAGUGAAGCUUGCUUAGGAUCUGAUCUAGUGCCUAAUCCUCCCAUGGCGGAAGAUGAAUCCAGAACUAACAGUCUUAAUGAACCUGCUGGCUCCAGCUCGAAAGAUAAUAUUGAAGAAGACAGAGAUGAAGGGUGGCUCCAAUUGAGCAUAGGCGGUCACACGACAAGUCAUGAAAGCAAGCAUGCUCACCACCAACUGGAUCCAACGGCUACAAGAGGAGGAUUGAUCGAGCUUGAUCUAUUACCAGGUAGCACCUCACACCAAGGAAGGCCAUUGAGCGCUCCUAUUUUUCAUGUUCCUGCUGAGUUUAGAGCUCCUGCGAGGCCACUGAUGAGUAUUGCAGGAGGCGGUAACUAUACUACUACUUUAUUCUUUCAACACCAACCAGGAAGCAGCUCCACGUAUCCUCACCAUCAAGAGAUUAACUGGACAUUUAGGCCUAUGACUCAUAAUAUAGCAACGGCUUCUUCUCCUUCUCCUUCUCAAUCUUCUUCUUCUUCUCUGAUGCCACUGGGGUCUUAUUUUUCGCGUCCCUUUCAAGUCCAUAGUGGAAUAGAUGUUGCUGGACCAAGCUCCGACUUUAGAGUCAUUGAUCCUCCAAGGAGACCCCAUUCUGGCAUUUGGUUUACGCUACAAGCGUCUCAAAACCAAGCCCAAGAACCGUUCUUGCCUCAAAUAUCCAAGAGCUACCUGAGAAUCAAGGACGGGAGGAUGACAGUUCGAUUAUUAAUGAAGUAUCUGGUUAACAAGCUGAGACUGGAUAGCGAAUCAGAGCAGGUAGAGAUAACAUGUAGAGGGCAACAGCUCCUACCUUUCUUGACGUUGCAGCAUGUAAGAGAUAACAUAUGGAGCCCAAGAGAUGCACUCACUUUGCUUCCACACUCCUCAACCACUGAUCAUGUCAUGGUGCUGCACUAUGCUAGGACUCCUCUUCACAAGUGAUCAAAACAAAACAUAUAUAAUUCAAUUUUAUUUCUCUCUUUCAUCACUUGUAUCAUUGUUAAGUUAUCAAACCCCACUCCCUUUUCUUCU